AUGUCUUCCAGACGUAGCCACCGCAAAUCGCGAACGGGCUGUUACCAAUGCAAACGACGCAGAAUAAAGUGUGAUGAGUCCCCAGCUCCAUGUGGAAAUUGUCGAAAACACAAUGUUUUUGACUGCCAGUUUCCAAACCAACCUCCUAAUCCAUAUUAUGCCUCAUUCGUUCCAUUACCUACUACCCAAUCCGAAGCUACGGCCGAUUCUCCAGCUUCAGAAGACACCUUGAAUCUUGACGAUCUAGAACUACUGCACCACUACACAACGAAAACAUACCAAACUCUAUCUAAUAAUAACGAGCAUGAGAACAUUUGGAAGAAUGUCAUUCCUGCAGAAGCUAUAAAACACCCUUUCUUAAUGCACGGCCUAUUAGCCCUGGCCGCCCUUCACAUAAUUGAAUGCAGUGAUCCUGAUGACGAAGAAAGCCAUCGAAAGUACUCUGCACUGGCUAACAGGCAUCAAAGUCUAGCAUUGAAUGCUUUUCGCCCCCAAUUGGACAACAUAUCAUCCUCAAAUUGUCACGCCGUUUUUGCUUUCUCAAGUCUAAUCGCAGCACUUGCAUUUGCUUUCUCGAAGUCAGGGCGAAACACUCAACCUGCAGACCCAGUUGAGCAAGCUGUUCAAGACUUUUAUCUUUUUCGUGGCGUUGAUAAGGUCCUCCAUACUCAAUGGACACGCAUUGUCAAGGGUAAACUUGGCGCACUGGUUCGGCGCCCAGCUGACUCCGGUGCUGUCUACCCGCUGUCAAAAGACGUCAUAGAUCACCUCGACUAUCUUCAUGGCUGUAACGGCGAUAGCGCAGCGCACAUCUUCGCUGAGGACAGGGCUGUAUACAACCAUGCAAUCCGCGAAUUACGAAUGUCAUUUGAACGAUCCCCAUCGAGUUGGGAAGGUGUCUUUCGGUGGCCUAUGGUUGUUCCCGAGACAUACUUGGGGCUUUUGCACACUCGGAAACCAAUGGCAUUGGUGAUACUUGCUCACUAUUGUGUAAUAUUAAGUCGGCUUGAUAUGUGUUGGUGGUCAGAAGGAUGGAGCCGCCACUUGUUCGAAGCCAUAUAUAAAUCACUGCAUUCAUCUUGGCACCGGAUGGUUGAAUGGCCUAUGCAAAUGAUCGGCUUAUCAGAGGUACUUGCGCAUGUCUCCUGA